CGGCCAUCGAUGCCGCCCAAUGAUCAGUCAGUGGCCGACGCGUCCAAUUGGCCACUGCUAUCGCAGACCAAUAAUCAGCAACAAUACCAACUGCAACACAGACCCCCUCCGCCGGGGCCGCCAUCAGUGGCCAACAGCCGUAUGUCGGCGCCAGUCAUGCCGUACGGCAACGCUCAACAGUACAACCGGUUCGGACCGAUGCCGCGGUCGCCGGUGACGGCCACUACGACCAGACCGACAAUGCAUACGCUUAUGCCGAGCCCAAUGAGACCGACAAUGUCUCAGAUGACGUGCCGCUCGUCGACGAUGCCGUCGAUGAUGUCCGGCUCUCACAUGUCAUUAUCGCAGAGUCAAAGCCAUCCAUACAGACUCCCAAUGGUCUCAUAUCAGCCACCAGUCGAUACAAUGCGCCGAUCGUCUCAAAUGAUGCCAAACGCCAGUCACAGCGGACUUAUGCCGCAGUCAUCUCUCUCUUCAGCGUCGGCGCCGCGUUUCCCCGCACAGGGAAUCCGGACAAACGUGUCGGACAUACGGCACAUGCAGUACAACAGUAGACCCGACGCCAGUAUAAUACAACACACGCAUACCUCACGACCGCCGCCACCACAGGUGCCCGAUAUGAGACAACAACGGAGCGGACACCCGACCACUAUGUCGCCGAUGGGCGCCAACAUGUCGUCGCAUUCAUCGCAGUUACGAUACCAUCACAUGUCUGGACACUCAACGUCACAGCACCGGCGGCUAAUGGAUUCACCGACGACUCUACAGCAGCAGUCCAUGUCUCAGCCUUCGCUGCCACCGAUGUCUACAAUGUCUGGUCAUUCGCAGCACAAGUCGUCCCCCCUUUACGAGAGACCACGCAUUCCGUACGGAANCACUCAACGUCACAGCACCGGCGGCUAA